UUAUUUAUAAUUAGAAAUCAAACAACUCGCAUCCCACGUGCCAUCUUCUAUUAUAAUAGUGCAACUAGUUAUCUUUUCUGGCGAACAGAUAGUUUAUUUAAAACUUAAAAUAAUGCGUGAAAUAGUUCAUCUCCAGGCUGGUCAAUGCGGUAAUCAGAUAGGAUCGAAGUUCUGGGAGAUAAUAUCAGACGAGCAUGGGAUCGAUCAAACUGGCCACUACAAAGGUGACAGCGAUCUGCAACUGGAAAGAAUUCAAGUUUAUUACAACCAAGCGGCAGAUGGUAACCGUUAUGUCCCACGUGCUGUCCUGGUUGAUCUGGAACCGGGGACAAUGGAUGCCAUCCGCUCUUCUAGCUACGGCCAGCUGUUCCGACCCGAUAACUACGUGUUCGGACAGAGUGGAGCUGGUAACAACUGGGCUAAGGGCCACUACACAGAAGGUGCGGAGUUGGUGGAGGCCGUCAUGGACGUCGUGAGAAAAGAGGCUGAACCCUGCGACUGUUUGCAAGGUUUCCAGCUGACGCACUCUCUGGGCGGCGGCACGGGCUCCGGGCUGGGAACUCUGCUGCUCGGCAAAUUGCGUGAGGAGUACCCUGACCGCAUCGUCAAUACAUUCAGUGUUAUGCCCUCACCUAAGGUAUCAGACACAGUGGUAGAGCCGUACAACGCGACGUUGUCGGUGCAUCAACUGGUGGAGAACACGGACGAGACUUUCUGCAUCGACAACGAAGCGCUCUACGACAUUUGCUUCCGUACACUUCGCCUCGCCAGCCCUACAUAUGGAGACCUCAACCAUCUCGUCUCUCUAACCAUGUCAGGAGUGACAACAUGUCUGCGGUUCCCCGGCCAACUGAAUGCAGAUCUUCGCAAGCUGGCUGUCAACAUGGUGCCAUUCCCUAGACUGCAUUUCUUUAUGCCAGGUUUCGCGCCCCUCACGGCUCGCAAUAGUCAAGGUUACAGAGCUCUAACAGUGCCAGAGUUGACUCAACAGAUGUUCAGUCCAGUGAACAUGAUGGCGGCGUGUGACCCGCGACACGGACGCUACCUCACAGUGGCGGCCAUCUUCCGCGGCCACAUGUCUAUGAAGGAGGUCGACGAACAGAUGCUUACAGUACAAGACAAGAACUCCAGUUACUUCGUGGAAUGGAUCCCCAACAACGUGAAGGUGGCUGUGUGCGACGUGCCGCCACGCGGCCUGAAGAUGGCCGCCACAUUUGUCGGAAACUCCACCGCUAUACAAGAGAUAUUCAAACGAAUCUCUGAACAGUUCACGCUCAUGUUCAGGAGGAAGGCGUUCCUGCACUGGUACACGGGCGAGGGUAUGGACGAGUUAGAGUUUACUGAAGCUGAGAGCAACAUGAACGAUUUAAUUGCAGAAUAUCAGCAGUAUGAGGAAGUAGGUGUAGAGGAAGGGGAAUUUGAUGACCAAGAAGAGAUGCCCGGAGAGGAUUAUCCUGAAGAAUAAUUAACAAUUUGAACCAAAGAUUUAUCUUUUUUUUCGUAGUCCCUUUUAAGAUUUUUAAUUGAUUUUGGUCAUUAGUUAUUAGGAACUUCGUGUACUCUCAACUUGUAAUCCUGGAGCUGGACAACUUUGGGAGUAACUGUUUAAAAAAAUAAUUUUGGCAUCGUUUUUACUUAAAUGCGCAUGUUGAAGUUCCAAACAGUUAAUUUUAUAUAUUAGUUGCUAUCCUCACCACAACUAUCAACCGCAACCGUCAGCGCCAAAAUGGCGGAGAUGAAAUAGGCACAAAAUACCGCGGUUUAUAACCUGUCCAUAUAUAUAUAGGUGUAUUAAAACGAAUUUAGAAUGUAUUUUUAGUGUUGCCAAAUAAAAUUAAGGACCAUUUAAAAUUUAUUAGAUAAC